UUUUAAAUUGUAUGGAAUGAUCGUAACUCCAAAUAUUUACAACAACGUGAGAUGACGAGUAAUCACAAACUAGUACAAAUAAGGAUUACUUGUAUAACAAAGAACUUUACAAAAGUAGAAAUAUCGAUUCAACUCAUGUACUCGCGUAAAAAAUGUAAAAGCAAAAAUAUUGGUGUCAAAAUUUUUAAAACAUCUAAAUUGCAAACUCCCAACAAUUCGUUUAAAUGCCUUUAAGCCUGUGUCAAACUGUUUUCAGAAUAGCAAAACGCUUUUUAAUGAACAUAAAGCAUAUUUUUUUUAUAAAGUCGAACUAAAGUGCUGGGAGCUCCUACCUUUUUCUGCACCCAAUUGAGAGUUUACAGAGGAUGUAUAGUUCUAAACAAAAUUCGUUUUGAUAACUUGGCACAAUGGAGAAAAAAGGCGGAAAUAUGUAACAAAGUAGUUAUCUGCUGGAAAAUAUGCAGUAAAUGUAAAAUAUCGUUAAAAACGUAAAUACUCAAAGUAAACUUUAAAUGCCAGAAAGUAAAUAAAUGCCACCUCCCACCAAUCCCAUAAAUGUAUGGAAAUGAAGUCUGAACGAAUUCACUUGUCUCGUUAUUAUUAUGUAAGUACAAUAAUUGACUAUUCAAAAUAGUAAAGUUGUUGUUUUAAAUGGUUUGAAACCCUCCUGAGCGCCUCUAACAAGAAGGGGCCACUUCCGGGUUGUGGAUGUCGCUGUCGUUCCCCUAUAAUAACAAACACUACCUUCUUGUUUUGGGCUGGGAAUCGCUUGGUCAGCAGAUUAUUUCAUUCGCUGGGGAAGUGUUCCACGAGAAGCAGCGUCUGGAGCUGUGCGCCAUCCAUGCGCUCAACAACGUGCUCCAGGAGCGGGUGUUCACCAAGGAGACGGCCGACGACAUCUGCAAACGGCUGGCGCCACAGUGCGUGGUCAACCCCCAUCGCUCCGUCUUGGGCACCGGCAACUAUGACGUUAACGUCAUCAUGGCGGCCCUACAGAGCAGGGAGCUGGAGGCCGUGUGGUGGGACAAACGGAGGACGGUCGCGAGCCUUUGCAUCUCCAAGAUAGACGGCUUCAUCCUCAACGUCCCUUCGUGCGUGUCGCUUGGAACCAUGUCCCUGCGGCUGCCGCGGCGGCGCCACUGGCUCGCCGUCCGACAGGUCAACGGGCAGUACUACAACCUGGACUCCAAGCUAAAGAGUCCCAUGUGUAUCGGAGGGGAGGUGGAACUACGAAGGUUUCUGGGCGAGCAGCUCUCCCAGGACGUGGCCGAGAUGCUCUUGGUGGUGAGGCGGGAGGUGGAGGAGGACGGCUCCUGGCUGAACCCCGAAGGUGACGGGGCCAACUGCACAGCGUGAGAGCAAAACUAAGGACUUUUCCUUUUUUUUUUUUUUUUUUAAACGCACCUCGUGGCACCAAAGUCUUCAGGGAACAAAACAUUUAAUGAACACACAGACACGCGCCAAAGAAAAGCUUGUAUGGAAAGCUGGUUGAGUGUAUCAAUCUUAAGGUCUAUGUACUAGUACUGUCUGUCUUCACGAGUAAAAAAAUUUGUCACAGUAGGAGAACGACUGUGUCUUGCGAGUAACGGUGUCUUGCGAGUAACGUAUUUGUCCAAUCCUGCUUUCCACUACUGUCAUGGAUUUCAUCACACUCGUAGGGGAACUAAGUUUUCCCAGUGAGGCAAAAUUGCACUAGUUGACAUCUCCAUGCUACUAGUGAAGAACCACGUUUACUAGUAAAAUUUCAUGCCACUGAGACACUAGUAAUAUCAAUAGUGCAAAGUUUUUAAUUGAAGCAGUUUUUCCUCAGUAGUAUUAAACAUUUUUUGCCUGCUACUGGAGCCACUUUUGGCCGACGAGUAUGUAGUAAACCUUACUAGUAAACUACUGUGCUACACUAGCUACAUGUUACAAAUAGAAGGCAUGUGUUAUGCACUAGAAGCCUCCUUAUCGGGGAUAUGGAAUAAAUGCUCCAGUGGCUUUCCAUUGGUAACAUUUAUUUGAUAUCCUUAAUAUCCAACUCUUGGCCCAUGUACUAGUACACUCCAUCCUAAGUAGUAGGACAACUUUGGAAUACUAGGACAUUUACAAGUUACUAGUGAGGCAAAACUAUGUGGUAGUUGAUAUCUGGAUGAUAACUAGUAGAAUUUGAGAAUGUAGGAAAGUUGUGACAUAGUAGCAGAACUUCAUGUUCUUGUAAGGGUUGCGCGGUGGCACAGCUGGAAAGCGUUGCCCUCACAGUUCUGAGGUCCAGGGUUCAAUCCCUGACUCGCCUGGGUAGAGUUUACAUCUCUCUGUGCUUGCGUGGGUUUUUUCCGGGCACUCCGGUUUUGUCCCACAUCCCCAAAACAUGCAACAUUAAAUGCACACAAAAAAUUGCCCCUAGGUGUGAUUGAGUGCGGCUGUUUGUCUGUUUGUGCCCUGCGAUUGGCUAGCGACCAGUUCAGGGUGUACCCUGCCUCCUGCCCGUUGACAGCUGGCUUAGGCUCCAGCACUCCCCUCGACCCUCAUGAGGAUCAGCGGCAAAGGAAAUGAUGGAUGGAUGUUCUUGUAAGGCAAAACUGUGCACUAGUUGACAUCUGUGUGCUACUAACAGGUUGUUACUAAUAGAAUUGUAGUCCUGAAGAGCACUAGUAGCAGUUAUAAACUAGCUCGAUUGUUUUUACCUCAGUUGUAACAUGUAGUUAUCCUACCAGUAUGCCAAAGUUGUCAAUGAUAAGGAGGCUACUUGUAUGUGACACAUGCCCAAUGGCUGGAUGCAAUAGUAUUAAUCAUGCCUUACCGUUGAGAUUACCAGUAAGGCUUUAAUACAUGCUAGUUGUCUUCCUGGUGAGGAUGAUGAGCACUCUAGUACAUGGACCUCAAGAUGGCUAUCAAGAGCGUCAAUAAAACGCUCAACCGGUUUUGCAUCAGCUCGUCCAAUCGUGACGUCACGAUCCGAUGAUUGUAACUUUCAGCUGCAGCGAAGCUGUCGUGUGAAGCCACGUUGAUUUAUUGAAGUUACGCGCAUUUGAACGAUUUUGUAGUACAAAGUACGCAGAUGACGGGAAUGACAAUAAUAAUCCUAAUAACAUUAGCGAUGUACCAUGCGUGUCUGUUCUGUGUGUCCGGUAACUCUGUGUUAACUUUCUAUGCAGCCCAGUUCUAUUUGUUAGUACUGAAACUUGUCACGUGUGUGUGCGUGUGAAGCUGAAGAUUUAAAUUCUUUGCGCAUUAAAAAGCUCACGGAGAGCAUACUAGUACAUGGACCUGCUCUAACGGUUUGUUAUAACUACUUAACUGCAACCAGAUGUGCACUCCAAGUGCAGCUUGAGUUUGCUCAAUAAAGCAUGAAAGACAAGAGUUCAGAACAUGCAGAGAUGCUCCCAUUCAUUAACAAUAGUUAAAAAAUCCAUAGUCGAGUAAGUGUUGUUUACUCUCAAUUGGGUGUAAAAUUGAAAACAGGUGUCCCCUGCCCUCCCCCCAAAGGACUCUAUGCCUUUCUGUAACCCUUUCGGUCUGUACGUUUCUUGCAACCUGCUGAUUGCUCUGAAGCACUCUAAGCUCAGUUGCAAACUCUAUCCUAUUUAAAGCCCACCAGUGGCGAGGUAAUGUUGAUCAACUAUAGUUGUCAUCUCGCUCCCGGGAUAUAAAAAUGUGAACGGCAUAAAAAAAACAAGAUCUGUUUAAAUUACAAUUAGAAUUGACCUGGGAAAAGUAUUGGGCCAUUCAAAACCUAAGACAAAUUUCCCUUUAAAGGUUUUAGGUUCACCAUCAUGCUGUUCUAGCAUGGAAAUGGCUAUACAGCGAAGAAAAUAAGUAUUUGAACACCCUGCUAUAUUGCAAGUUCUCCCACUUAGAAAUCAUGGAUGGGUCUGAAACUUUCAUCGUCGGUGCAUGUCCACUGUGAGAGAAUCUAAAAGGAAAAAAACAGAAAUCACAAUGUCCGAUUUUUUUAAUGAUUUGUGAAAUACAGCUGCAAAUAAGUCCUUCAACACCUGUCUAUCAGCUAGAAUUCUGACCCUCAGAGACCUGUGAGUCCAGCUCUAAAAGUCCACCUCCAAUCCAUGUAUUAUCCUUAAUCAAAUGCACCUGUGUGAGGUCGUUAGCUGCAUAAAGACACCUGUCCAGCCCAUACAAUCAGCAAGACUCAAACUUUUAACAUGGCCAAGACCAAAGAGCUGUCCAAAGACACCAGAGACAAAAUUGGACAACUCCACACGCCUGGAAGUGGCUACGGAGAAAUUGCCAAACACCUUGGUGAAUAAAGGUCCACUGUUGGAGCAACCAUUAGAAAAUGGAAGAAGCUAAACAUGACGGUCAAUCUCAAUCGGACUGGAGCCCCAUGCAAGAUAUCAAUUUGUGAGGUCUUAAUGAUCCUUAGAAAGGAUAGAAAGGAAUCAGCCCAGGACUACAUGACAGGACUUGGUCAAUGACCUGAAAAGAGCUGGGACCAUCGUUUCCAAAGUGACUGUUGGUAAUACACUAUAGGACGUCAUGGUUUGACAUCAUGUACGGCACGGAAGGUUCUCCUGCUUAAACCGGCACAUGUCAAGGCCCGUCUUAAGUUUGCCAAUGACCAUUUGGAUGAUAGAGGAGUCAUGGGAGAAGGUUUUGUGGUCAGAUGAGACAAAAAUUGAACUUUUUGGUCAUAAUUCGACUAACCGUGUUUGGAGGAAGACGAAUGAUGAGUUCCAUCCCAAGAACACCAUCCCUACUGUGAAGCAUGGGGGUGGUAGCGUCAUGCUUUGCGGGGUUUUUUUGAACGAGGAUGACCCCGGCCAUGUAUUGAGAUUUGGGGGAACAACCCCUUUCCCUCAGUCAGACCAUUGAAGAUGGGUCGUGGCUGGGUCUUUCAACAUGACAAUGACUCAAAGCACAGGAAAGGAAGCCAGGAAAACCAAGAAGUGUCUACGUAUGAAGCAUAUCAAGGUUCUGGCAUGACCCAGCCAGUCUCCAGAGGUAAACCCAAUAGAAAAUCUUUGGAGGGAGCUGAAACUCCGUAUUUCUCAGCGACAGGCCAGAAACCUGUGUGAUUGAGAGAAGAUCUGUGUGGAAGAGUGGGCCAAAAUCCCUCCUCCAGUGUGUGCAAACCUGGUGAACAACUACAGAAAAUGUUUGACUGAAUGAAUGUCUGUAAUUGCAAACAAAGGCUACUGUACCAAAUAUUACUAUUGUUUUUCUCAGGUGUUCAAAUACUUAUUUGGAGCUGUAUCACACAAAUAAAUGGUUAAAAAAAAAUCAUACAUUGUGAUUUCUGGAUUUUUCUUUUUAGGUGAUCUCUCUCACAGUGGACAUGCACCUAUGAUGAAAAAUUCAGACCCCUCCAUGAUUUCUAAGUGGGAGAACUUGCAAUAUAGCAGGGUGUUCAAAUACUUAUUUUCUUCACUGCAAAAAGCACUCAGAUUCUUUUAGUGCAAAUAAAGUUUAAAAAAAAAAGUCAAAUGCUUAGUAGUCAUGUUUCCUGUUGAUCUAUGCAUAUCCAAUUAGAGUCGAGUGUCUGUUGUGCACACUUGUGUCUUAUUGACUGGGGACCUAAGUUUAUAACA